CUUAACAUUCUGCUCAUGAUUGGGUUGAUGUCAGAAUAUAACAUUUAAUCAUCAAAUCUCAUUUGUAGGCGUAGUGAUCAUUAGUUAUAUAUCCAUAACAUAUUCUCUCCCACUAUUGCCAACUUGUCACGCGGUUCAUUCCAUUAUUAUUUUCAUCUUUAUGAUUAUUGCAUGUUGCAUUUACUCUGUGGAUAGCAGUAAAGUUAAUACAUCUCUUUAUAUACACUCACAUGUCCAGUCUUCAACAGGACGACUAUUGAAUCGAGAACUCACUGCUUCUGAAAUCAGAUUGAGCACAUUAAUCAAUUAAAUAAUUCAAUGUUGUCUUCCCUGAGGACUGGUGCCCCCUUUCAAUGACAACACCACCACAGGCUUUAUAAUUGACUUCGGUGACAACUAUGAUGAAACAGUGAGGGAAAAGAGCCAUAAAACAAAUAAUCCUCUUUCUUUAAUUUCCUAUGCACUCCUUUCUCUUCCUUUCCUUUCUUUUCCUCUGUUUUCCUUUCUCUUCCUCUGCUUUCCUUUCCUUCCUCUUUCUCUGCUUACCCUUUAUCCGGCUUUUCUUUCAUUCCUCUGCUUUUCUUUCUCUUCCUUUCCUUUGCCUUUGCUUUCAUUUAAUUUCCCUUCUGUUCUUUUUCUUUCUUCUACUACCCUCCUCUUUCCGUCUCUUCACUUUGCUUCACUUCCUUCUCUCCUCUCCUACAGGCGACCUGUUAUCUUUCAGUGAACUGACGUCGUGUCUUGUAGUACGCAGCCGCGCGACACGAAGGUGCGCCGCGGCGUGGAGUGCAGCAGAAGCAGCUUUGUGUCGGAGGGAGGUGGAUCCUGAUCACUGACGGUGUAUAGCCGCGGAUCCUGCACCAUGACGUAAACACAGAAUAGAAAAUUCAUCAAGCAAAAUGUAAACGUUAGAUUCUUCAAUGGGCAUCGUCUCCCGCUGCGCGCGCCCAUGAUGUUGACCACUACACGAUGCAGACGGUGAUGCGGCGAGCAGUGGGUGUGCACUCUUGAACGCCGUGGGUGAAGAGAGAAGGAGCUGCAUCCUAUCAGCCUUUCAGCCGCUCUAACCGAAGCACACGGCGCGGAUGAUAUGUUGUUACUCCCCGCCGUCCGUCACCCUCUCUUGGUUUAAGUCGACGGAAUCGACCGACAGGACCCUGAGACCAUAGACACAUUUCUUUCCCUUGGUAGCAGCUGCGAGAGCCACAGAAUCAAGAUGAAAUUUCCGACUGAGAAUCCAAGAAAACCAGGGAACUCAAACCCUGCACCAGUGGCAGUUCAGACCAACCUGGUCCUCCCGAAGAAGGUGCAGCCAGGCAUGCUUCAGUCCAGCCUGGUGCAAGCCAGCGUGGCCACCAUGCAGAACCCGAUGGGCUGCGCUCUGCCACGGCUCUCUGUUUCCUCCCGCCCCGCGAGCAUGGUGGCCAGCAUGGAGGUAGUGGGUGAUGGCUCGGCUCCCUUCACCAUGAUGAAGCUGAAAACGGUGCUGGCGGUGUUCGUGGUGGUGGUUGCUUACCUGGUGGCAGGGGGCCUGGUGUUCCAGGCGCUGGAACAGCCCUUUGAAAACAACCAGAAGAUCACCAUCACAGCAGAGAAGGCAGCCUUCUUGCAGAAACACACAUGUGUGUGUCCAGAAGAACUGGAGGCCAUCAUCAAGCACUCUGUGGAAGCUGUGAAUGCUGGAGUGAAUCCCAUCGGUGACACUUCCUACAACUCCAGCCACUGGGAUCUGGGCAGUGCUUUCUUCUUUGCUGGAACAGUCAUCACAACCAUAGGUUAUGGUAACAUUGCCCCGAGCACUGAGGGAGGAAAGAUUUUCUGCAUUCUUUAUGCAAUAUUUGGCAUCCCGCUGUUUGGAUUCCUGCUGGCAGGUGUCGGGGACCAGCUUGGCACCAUAUUUGUCAAAAGCAUUGCCAAAGUGGAGAAGAUGUUCCGGAACAAACACAACCAGAUCAGUCAGACUAAAAUCCGUGUGGCGUCCACCCUCCUCUUCAUCCUGGCAGGCUGCAUCCUGUUUGUCACCAUUCCUGCUGUGAUAUUCAAACACAUCGAGGGCUGGACGGCGCUGGAGUCGACAUAUUUUGUGGUCAUCACUCUGACAACAGUUGGAAUAGGUGACUAUGUGGCAGGGGGGGACCGCAGGAUCGAGUACCGGAAGUGGUACAGACCACUAGUUUGGUUCUGGAUCCUGGGUGGUCUAGCCUACUUUGCUGCUGUGCUGAACAUGAUUGGUGACUGGCUGAGGGUGCUGUCCAAAAAGACAAAAGAAGAGGUUGGAGAGAUCAAGGCUCACGCAGCAGAGUGGAAAGCAAACGUGCGAGCAGAGUUCCGGGAGACACGUAGGCGUAUGAGUGUCGAGGUCCACGACAAGCUACAGCGAGCUGCCACCAUCCGGAGCAUGGAGAGGCGGCAGUUGGGUCUGGAUCAGCGUGCCGUGUCACUGGACAUGCUUUCCCCAGAGCGCCGUGCCAUCUUCAACAGCCUGGACACCAACAGCUACAAGACCUCUUCCCAGGAGAGCAUCGACACCAAACUGAACAACCUCCGGCUGCGGGGGGCUGAGCAGUGCGAGCGGCACUCCAACCACCAAACCACUUCUGAGGACAACAUUUUCAACCGCCUCGGCUCCGUCACCAAGAUGGCAAAGCGCAACAGGCAUCGGGACCUGAAGAAGAACAUCCCAGAUGAGACUCGCCGGCCUCAUAGCGAAGCAUAUGGCUACAGCACAGCCACCUUCGACUGCAGCACACACUCUGCAGAUGAAGGGAAAAGAGAGGAUGAGAAUGAAGACAAGGAGUGCAACACUAGCUUGUCUGAUUUCCCGCUGUUUUUGGAAGCUUGCAAGCCACAGAAUGGGUUUAUUCCAGAGCAGACCAAAGAGAAUGAGAGUGAGAAAACACUUGAAACAAAAGAGCUGCAUAUUCAGAUGGGCCCUUAGACAGUGUAUUCCUACAAAGAGAUUUUAAAUACCACCAUAAGUGCCUUAGGUCUCCUUUAAUCCAGUGUGUGCUUACAGAAGGGCAAUACCUGUCCCUUUGUGCUAUAUCCUGUAUUGUUGACAGUUUUCACUGUGCCCUAUGAAUCGGAUGGACACACACUCUGAACUAGAAAUGCAACACCUGUUUUCUGUUCUAAGUGUGCUCUGCUAAAUGAUGGUCAUAUUUAAAAAGUUGUCUGCUAAUAGGCAUUUACAGGAUAAUAACUUCUUAUUCUGCAGCUGUGGACAUUAUUUCUCUCAGUUAUGCUAAAACUAUACUCUGCUAAAGUAAUCGCUAACAUUAGCAACCAGCAGAAAUCAACACACCUGCAUCAGUCUUGUAAGUUUUGAGUCAGUUCUAUAUCAUCUGCAUGUGGUGCACAGUACUUCACAGAUUCACAUGUAUAUUACAGUAAAUGAUUACAGACAGGUGAGGAGUCCCAUAUAUUUAACCAAUUUGUGGUUGUUAUCAGGACCAUCGAUGUCACCUGGUUCGUUCGUGCUCCUGGCUGCUGUAACGACAGUCAUUGGAGUUGUUGAAGUCACCUGAGGCCAGGUGUGAAUGGUUGUUAAAGGACAGCAUUAUAAGUGAGGGAUAAGUGGGGUCGUAGACCUCGUUCAAACGAAAGAGGAGUGGAGGAAGUCAUCUAUGACCCUAUUCAGAGGUGGCUUGGCCUCAUGUGACUUUAACAACUCCAACUACAGGAACAAACCAAUUGAACUUCAAUGGUCCUGAUAAUAGCCCCACAGAGGUUAAAUACUGGGGCUGGGAGGUAGGCAAGCCCAGUGGUGGGAACAAUAGAGACAAAUCAUGAUGCUGUCUGUGUUAACACACCUUGACAGGCGUUUCUUUUGGGUCUCACACACUCAUUUGCAUUUUGAAACUGAUUUUGUCACAAAGGUGUGUCAAUGUUAACCAACAUGUUAUCAUUGUUUUGUUGGUCAACAUGCAGACCUUCUUGUGGAUGGCACUUUUAAAAACGUGUGUGUACAUUGACCCACACUUUGAUUUUGGUGCUAUUGCUUUGUGUCAAGUUUGUAUUUUGUGUUUUACUCUACAUCCAGCAUGUAGCUUCUGGUUAUCCUCUCUGGACCUGCACACCACUUGUUGAUGAGGUGAUACUGAAAAUACAGAGAUAUGCUGAUGGGUUAGUACUGUCAGGUUUAACCUAAUUUAACAAUGAGUGAUUGGUCCCUUCCUGAUGUCAUCAGGUUAUUUAUUUAAGAAUACCUCUGUUCUAAUGUCUGACAGAGGACUUUGCCCUAGUGCCUUGUCAGACUUUGUGAUGUCGGUGUGGUUGCAGAUUUCGGCAGGUCACUUGGUGAGUAGUACAUUAUCAUCACUGAUAGAAACGAUGGCCUAAACUAUGCUACUUUCAGAUGGAUGCCAUCAGAUUAUAGGAACUAUUUUAAAUGAGGCCUGACGUGCACAUGGACCUCCUACUCUGCGCUGUGAUAUGUGGCUCAAGUCAGAACGUACAGUAAGUUAUACACAGACAAGUCACCUAACACAAGCUGCUGUGAAAGAGUAGAGUAGUAACACGAGAGAAGCUUGAUUUAAAUGUAACACCUUCACUGUUUGUUGUCAUUCUGUUUGUCAUGUUGCCUGUUGAAAGUCACUUCUUAAAAUGUGCAUUGAAAUAUGAAUGAAAAUGAGUGUGAACAUGCCACAUGUGUCUGUGCAUGGUCCCCAGUCUCAGCUGUUGUCUUAGUACAGUGUCCAAAAAUGCUACCUAGAUCAUGACCUCAUUGACACUAUCUCAGGGCCCAUUGUCCGAAUGUUUGUUGUUGACAUUGCUUGACAAGUGCUGCAUUCACACUUUGACAGGACGGGGGGGACAAUGACUGCACCUAUGCUCCCUGAAAAUGAAUGACAACAGAAUGGAAGAUAAGCCAUAAAGCAAGAGGAGGGACUGCUCCACACUAUAUGAGCUCAAAGAGAUGGUCUGAGAUUGUAAAGCGUCCUGCUAUUACAGUGAGGGUGCACUGUGUACUUUUCAUCUUGACUCAAACAUAUCCACAGACUGAAGGGACUGUCUGAUGCAUGGAUUUGGGUUAACCCCUCAUCUACACCCUGGAUGAAGCUAAAUUAGGACAAGCAAGCGGCAACCACCACAACUGACAUGUUUGAUGUGCUGAGACAUCUGUCAAUCAAGCAGACAUGCCCCAAAACAAUACUUCUCUAGAAGCCUUAAUACCUCUUCGGUAGGUUCUCACCCUGAUGAUCACAGAACAAGGGACAUUAGCUCUUGAGAGCCACACAUCGUGUGAAAGAAACUUUAUUCCUGCAGAAAGGUUGGGACUCUUGAAAUGGAAUUCUAUGCAGUCAGAGGUUUUUCACAGCCAGCAUCUAGUGGCCGGUAAUGGUACUGCAUCUGAAGGCACUUCAGCCAUGGUGGUGGCUGCUGAACAAGAUUCUAUGUCCACUAUAUUUUCAUACUCACCAUUUACCAUUGAUCGACAUGACAUGUAACCUGUGUCACUGACUGUAUCACAGUGACAGGUCAUGUUCUCUUUUUCACAUACACUCCCCCACCUCAUGUUAAUGUACUCACUAUCUGUGUAUGCGCAUCUGCCUGUUCUUACUGUUCACAUCACUAAGUGACGAUCUAGGCGCGUGUGAAUGCAGAAAAAGCAAGGACUAUAUGUCUUUCAAAAUGCUUCUAAGAAAUACAAAAAUGUCAAAGCUUAAAAAGAAAACCAAGACACGGAGAAAAAAAAAGGCAUGCUACACUGCAAAACUAUAUUAUGAUGUAUAUGGUGUUGAUUGUAUACCACCACGUGCUCCACAGGAUGAUGCUUACCAUGGCAUUUUGUUUUCACCUGCCUAUGUUAUGACACAAGCAGCUCAUGCUCUGUACUUGGACAUUGCUCACAGUAUCUCUUGUGCAACCAUUACAUUAAAUGUAGUGAUUGCCUUUUGGAAAUAAAAGUCACUGAAUUAAGUGCUA